CUUUGGUUCUUCGCUUCACAUCUCUCUCUCUCUCUCUCCAAAUCCCUAGUAGAGAGAGAAACGCAGUAGCAAAACUCUCUACAAAACCCUCGGAUCUGCUUUCUUCUUUGGUUCCUUCAAGAUGUCGUCGCUGAGCAGAGAACUUGUAUUUCUGAUACUUCAGUUUCUGGAUGAAGAGAAAUUCAAAGAGACAGUUCACCGAUUGGAGCACGAGUCUGGGUUUUUCUUCAAUAUGAGGUAUUUCGAGGAAAUGGUGACGAAUGGUGAUUGGGAUGAGGUGGAAAAGUAUUUAUCUGGGUUUACCAAGGUUGAUGAUAAUAGGUACUCAAUGAAAAUUUUCUUUGAGAUUCGAAAGCAGAAAUACCUUGAAGCCUUAGACAAGAAGGAUCGUGCCAAAGCUGUUGAUAUUUUAUUGAAGGACUUGAAAGUGUUUUCGGCUUUUAAUGAAGACCUUUUUAAAGAAAUAACACAGCUUUUGACUUUGGAGAACUUUAGAGAUAAUGAGCAGUUAUCUAAGUAUGGAGACACUAAGUCUGCUAGGGGUAUAAUGCUUGCUGAACUCAAGAAGUUGAUUGAGGCAAACCCCCUAUUUCGUGAUAAGCUAAACUUCCCUAGUUUGAAGAACUCGAGACUGCGGACAUUGAUUAAUCAAAGUUUGAAUUGGCAGCAUCAGCUUUGUAAAAAUCCGAAGCCUAAUCCCGACAUAAAAACCCUCUUUGUAGACCAUUCUUGUGGACAGUCACAGCCGAAUGGUGCACGGGCUCCAUCCCCUGUAACUCAUCCACUAAUGGGUGCUGUUCCCAAGGCAGGGGGGUUUCCAUCUCUGGGUGCUCAUGGUCCAUUUCAGCCGGCACCUGCUCCUCUGCCAACAUCUCUUGCUGGAUGGAUGGCUAAUCCAUCUCAGGUGCCUCAUCCUUCAGCUUCUGCUGGGCCCAUUGGUUUCACUGCACCUAAUAAUGCAGUUACUCAUGGAGCUAUAUUAAAGCGCCCUAGGACUCCUCCUACAAACAACCCAGCCAUGGACUAUCAAACGGCUGAUUCUGAACAUGUGUUGAAAAGAUCAAGACCUUUCGGGAUAUCUGAUGAAGUCAAUAUUAUUCCUGCCAAUAUUUUACCUGUUGGAUACCCAAGUCAUCAGAGUCAUGGUCAGAGUUCAUACGUGUCCGAUGACUUGCCCAAGGCUGUUUUAAUGACUCUAAAUCAGGGUUCAGCUGUCAAGAGUAUGGAUUUUCAUCCAGUACAGCCAAUCUUCCUUCUUGUUGGAACAAGCACGGGAGAGAUCAUGUUGUGGGAUCUCGUUAGUAGGGAGAGGCUUGCACACAAAAGUUUCAAGGUUUGGGAUCAGGGAGCACGUUCAAUGGCUCUGCAGGCAUCUCUUGCGAACGAAUAUGCAGCAUCAAUUAACCGUGUGAUUUGGAGUCCUGAUGGCGCCCUGUUUGGUGUUGCAUACUCCAAGCACAUUGUGCACAUAUACUCCUACCAUGCCGGUGAUGAUCUAAGAAACCACCUAGAGAUUGAUGCUCAUGUUGGUAGUGUCAAUGAUCUUGCCUUUUCUUAUCCAAACAAACAACUUUGUAUUGUCACGUGUGGGGAGGAUAGGCUCAUUAAGGUAUGGGAUGCAGUAACAGGGGCCAAGCAUUAUUCAUUUGAAGGUCACGAAGCACCUGUAUAUUCUGUAUGUCCACAUUACAAGGAAAAUAUUCAGUUUAUCUUCUCGACCGCAACUGAUGGGAAAAUAAAGGCAUGGUUGUAUGACAACAUGGGUUCAAGAGUUGAUUAUGAUGCACCGGGUCAUUCAUCUACUACAAUGGCAUACAGUGCUGAUGGAACGAGGUUGUUUUCAUGUGGAACCAAUAAAGAAGGAGAGUCACAUAUCGUGGAAUGGAAUGAAAGUGAAGGGGCUGUUAAGCGAACAUACAUUGGUCUUGGGAAGCGAUCAGUGGGAGUUGUGCAAUUUGAUACCACUAAGAAUCGAUUUCUGAUUGCUGGUGAUGAGUUCAUGGUCAAAUUUUGGGACAUGGACAAUGUUAAUCUGUUGACAACCACCGAUGCUGAGGGUGGAUUACCGGCUUCUCCUUGUAUCCGAUUUAACAAGGAAGGGAUGUUGUUGGCUGUGUCAACAAAUGAUAAUGGCAUUAAAAUUCUAGCAAAUGCGGAUGGGUUUAGGCUACUACGAACUGUGGAAAAUCGUUCAUUUGAUGUUUCUAGAGUUACUGCUGCAGCUGUAGUGAAGGCCCCCGGUAUAGGCGCAUUUGGUGCUGCUAGUGCUAGUGUUGGAUCAGGCAUUGCCGAUCGAGCUGCUCCAAUGGUAUCCAUGGUUCCAAUGAAUGGUGACAAUCGAAUAUUGGCAGAUGUAAAGCCCAGAAUUGCAGAAGAGUCAAUGGACAAAUCUAGAAUCUGGAAACUGACGGAGAUUAAUGAACCAUCACAGUGCCGCUCUUUGAGGCUCCCAGAUAAUAUCUCAGCAAUGAGGGUUUCAAGGUUGAUGUAUACUAAUUCAGGACUUGCCAUAUUGGCACUAGCAGCCAAUGCUGUGCACAAGCUCUGGAAAUGGCAGAAGAAUGACCGAAACCUAUCUGGGAAGGCAAAUGCAAGUGUUGUACCACAACUAUGGCAACCUUCGAGCGGAAUAUUGAUGACAAAUGAUAUUAGUGACACAAAUCCUGAAGAUGCUGUUCCAUGCUUUGCACUGUCAAAGAAUGAUUCUUAUGUCAUGUCUGCGUCAGGAGGGAAAAUCUCUUUAUUUAAUAUGAUGACAUUCAAGACAAUGACAACAUUCAUGCCCCCUCCACCUGCAGCAACAUUUCUGGCAUUUCAUCCUCAGGACAAUAACAUUAUUGCCAUUGGCAUGGAGGACUCCUCUAUCCAAAUAUAUAAUGUCCGGGUUGAUGAGGUUAAAACCAAGCUCAAAGGGCAUCAAAAACGAAUAACAGGCCUUGCCUUCUCUAACACUCUUAAUGUGCUUGUAUCUUCUGGAGCUGAUUCUCAGAUGUGUGUUUGGAACACAGAUGGAUGGGAAAAGCAAAUGAGUAAAUACUUGCAGAUUCCAGCUGGGCAUGCAGCUGCUCCUAUUGCAGAUACCCGUGUACAAUUUCACCAAGAUCAGACACAUUUACUAGCUGUACAUGAAACUCAGAUAGCCAUAUAUGAAGCACCUAAACUGGAAUGCCUUAAGCAGUGGGUACCCCGAGAAGCGAGUGGGCCAAUAACACAUGCUACAUAUUCUUGUGAUAGUCAAUUGAUAUACAUCAGCUUUGAAGAUGGAAGUGUAGAUGUUCUCACUGCUUCAACACUUCGAUUAAGAUGUCGAAUUAAUCCCGCUUCCUAUCUACCUGCCAAUCCGAGUUUGAGGGUCCAUCCACUCGUCAUCGCGGCGCAUCCGUCCGAACCUAAUCAGUUUGCAUUAGGACUUACUGAUGGUGGAGUCUGUGUACUCGAGCCACUAGAAUCAGAAGGCAAAUGGGGCACCUCACCUCCUCUUGAAAACGGGGCUGGGCCUAGCACCACUUCAGGUGCAGCCAGUUCAGAUCAACCCCAAAGGUGACGGUCGAACCAUGAGUGUUUCUGUCACUUUCAUGUGAAUUGCACCAUCUCUGAUCCCAGUUAUUUAUUUUUUUUGAGGGAAGUUGCAUAAUUUAGGUACUAUGGUUAUAGGAUACUUGAACUCAAAAGUCUUGUAAAGUCACUUUAGUGGGUAGCAUCAAAAUCAAUUUGAACACAGGCAUGUUACUAUUUUCUCCUUGGAAAUGUUGAGCAAAGUUUCGGUUCAUGGUUUGGCGAUGGAAUGUGGUUUUCUUUGGACCUGGAGGAAUUCGGCAGCAAUGAAUUGUCUUUUUUUCACUUUUUCUGACUAAAUACUUAUCAAAAGGUUCUGACUCCAGAGUUAUUCAGUAAGUUACUUUCAACAGUUAAACGAGUUCUUUUGUCCUACAUUAAAUUCUUCCUUACUUUGGAGUUCGAUGUAAGUAUUUAUGUUUUUUGUUGUUUGUGACAAGAAUAUUCUCUUUCAUUAAUGUGCAAUGCUCUGCCA